AUGCCCCCCGACCGCACCGACAAAGACUCACCAGAGUCGGCGGGGAGCCCUGACGUCCCGGCCAAGCAGCGCAAGCGGCCAGGGCGAGUGCCCGUCUCGUGCGCAGAGUGCCGGAGGUUGAAGCUGCGCUGCGACCGGAAGGUUCCGUGCGAAACGUGCACGAAGAGAGGGUGCGCCGCGCUAUGUCCGGACGGCGCAUGUAGGCUCCUCAUCACCGGCGGCAAGGGCACUCGACAAGCGGUCGCCGACGUUGAAGAUCUCAAGAAGAAGAUCGCGGAACUCUCGACCCGCUCAUCCCAGCUAGAGAACGCCUUGCGCACGAUCCACGCCGCCAUCUCCGACGAACCGCACCCGCUGCUCAUCGACGCGUCUGCGGUGAACACCUCGGCGGCGACCCCGCCGGACUCGUCGAAUUCGAAUGUCGACGGGCCUUCCCUGACGAGUGAGGAGGCGGAUGUUCUCGAUGCUUUCGGUACUCUUACCCUUGGCCCACGGGGCGAGACGCGAUUCUUCGGGCAAACGUCCCGUAUCUCAUCCAUGCCCAGAGCGAGUGACCGCGGGCGGGCCUUCUCUCCUCGACUCACCAAAGAGCUCAUAGACGAAGCCAACAAGGAGCUCGAUGUUCAGUGCCAAAGCCUGGAACUCGGUAUGGAACUUCUUGGCCUCCUACCUCCGCUGUCACAAGCAUGCGCUAUGUGUGAGAAGUUCCUCGAGUUUGGAGCAUUCUUGUGGUACCCGCUUCCUCGGCAGUACAUCUUCGAUGAUAUCGUCUCGCUUGCAUAUCAAACAUGGAAGCACAAAUGUAACAUAGCGACCACGCACCAGUUGGCGCUUAUGUGGAUGAUUUUUGCUCUGGGCACACUCUUCGACCUGGACCGGCCGCCAUACGCUGCAGAGGCGCACGAGUAUUAUCUCCUUGCGCGCCUCGCCUUGAGGUUCGCACCCCCAGCACACGAUACCACCUUGAUUUCCAUCCAAACCAUGAUCUACAUGGCGCAAUAUCUAGAAAUGAGCGACUGCGAGCCAGCGCAUACGCAGUCGCACAAGGCGUGGAUGCAGAUCGGCCAAGCGGUGAAGCUUGGCCACAGCGUACACAUGAACAGCGACCGAUGGCGGUUAAGCGAUGAUAUCCGCAACCAGCGUAACCAUGUCUUCUGGCAGCUUUUCUUCCAGGACACUUGGCUUAGCUUCGGGUUUGGCCGGCCCCCUACAAUCAACUUGGCGUUCGUUGAUUGUGAGGUCCCUCGGGACUGUGACCAUGUUUGCGCAGAGGGCCCGGGAGGAGUGUUCCACGUUUGGCAAUGGCAAUACACGAAGCUACUUUAUUCGAUCAUGAACACUGCUUUCGGCGCGAAGGCCCCCAACUACGCCACAGUCAUGGACCUCGACAGAAGAGUCCGCGACUUCCCGGUGCCCGAAGCACUGCGGGUCACAUACCAGUCAAUGGACAUGCCUAUCAAGGACGCUGAAGUCCCAACGUUGCAGAGGUUGGUAGGAACCCUGUUGAAGGAGACUACGCUGCUCAACCUGCACCGUGCAUACUUCUCUCAAGCGGUGAACGACAUGCCGCUCGACCCGCUCAAGCACCGUUAUGGGCCUUCCGUGAUGGCUAUCUACCGCUCCGCGUGGCGUAUCAUUGCUAUCGCCAAGUGCUCGUACAAAUUGGUCCCCGGCAUCGCUGGACGCAUUGGUCUGGUGUGGUCGUACAGUCUGGCAGCAGCCAUCGUGAUGUGCUUGCUUGUGAUUCGUGCCCCGUCGACGAAUCUGGCGAAAUCUUCACUCGCCGAGCUCGACCGGCUCACGGAACUGUUCGAGGAAGCAGGGAACCGCAGUCAGAUCGCGUCGAACAAUGUCGACGUGGUACGAAGGAUGCGCAAGCAAGCGCACGACGCCUUCAACAAGGUUAGCGCGUCUGAAGAGUCCGUGCGGAUGGACAAUGAACUCGACCGACUAGGCGGCAAGACCCACCUCAUUUGUCCCAACCGCUCCGACGGCGACGACGACGACGAGUUCGGCGGGUGCGGAAACUCAGAGCGCUACCGAGUAGAAACCGAGCGGCUUCGGGUGAUGCGGCAGGUCGCCGAGAACGCAAAAGCGGCGCGCAACGCGGCCGCGAGCACCAACGGGACCGCGGCGCCCGAGGCGCCCCUCGUCCAGCCCGACAUGAUUCACCCGACGAUCAUGCAGGACAUGCGCGCGUUCGACGUGUCGACGCUCGGGGCGGACGACUUGCACGGGAUCGGCUCCGCCGCGUUCGCGCUCGACUUCGGCUCGGACACGUUCGACCCCUCGACCUCCGACCUCUCGCUCUUCCCCGACUUCGACUUCGGGGCGGGCGCCAGCACGGGCGGCGCAGAUGGGGCAGCCGGCGGUGUCGAAUGGGUUCGCGCUGAACGGAAACGGGCCCCGGUGCUGGAUGCGACGUGGCAGGCGUUCGUUGAGCAGCUCGGAUUCUGA